CCAGAAGGACACAUGGAGAAUUAAUCAGAGGGUACAGAGAGACUGGAGAGAGCUCGCAUCAGAGGUGAAACCUUAGUGCUAUACAGACAGAAAGUGAGAGAGAAAUAAAACACUGUCAGAGCAAAUAUUCCGCCUGGGCUGCACCUUUAAUCCACAGUGAUUAUUUCAAGUGCAGGAGAUGUAUUCCGCAGAGCAGCCGCUGUUUUGUUGAAGGGUGGGUCCCUGAGUGGAAUUGAUCGAGGAGGGAGGCUGGUUAAAGGACCUUGAGAAACCGACUACCUUGCACGUCUCGGCGCCGCGGACAAGGUUGGUUGAUGCCGCUGUGAAGAAGCUUGAGACACUCUCACUCCCACCUCGUACUUCUCCGCAUGAGCACCAGGUCCCAGAAGGGAGACUCACUCCCCUACACUCCAAUCACUGAGGUGGCACCGAGCAGCAAUCAAACGGAUUAAAGCCGCUUUUAAUUUAUUCCCAGUCCCCUCUUUUAUUUUCCCUCUUGCAAUCGUUAUCAGAUUUUUAAAAAUUUAUACCUUUUUGAACAUCCACAGCUAUGAACCCGGCCUGUUCAACGUUCAUUUGCCUAUGUUUACACGUGAUACUACUGUGCUUUGGAAUAGAGGCCUCGAUGGAGGAGAACACAGAUUUCAGGCCUCACGUGGAGAAUCACACCAGACUGAGGGAUGACACAAGCCGCAAGUACGUGCGCCUGUACCAGUUGUACAGCCGUACCAGCGGGAAACACCUGCAAGUUCUAGGAAGGAAGAUCAGUGCCAAAGGCGAAGAUGGGAACAAGUAUGCCCAGCUCUUAGUGGAAACAGACACAUUUGGCAGCCAAGUCAGGAUCAAGGGGAAGGAAACAGACCAUUAUCUCUGCAUGAACAAGAAAGGAAAGCUAGUGGGAAAGCUCAGUGACAGAAGCAAGGAGUGUGUCUUCAUAGAGAUAGUGCUGGAAAACAACUACACGGCCCUGAUGUCUGCCAAAUAUACCGGCUGGUACAUAGGUUUUACCAAGAAGGGGAGGCCGAGGAAAGGACCCAAGACUCAACAAAACCAACAAGAAGUGCAUUUCAUGAAAAGAUACCCAAAGAUUCAGGGAGAGACCCAGGCACCAUUUAAGUUUACCACAGUUAAUAAGAGAACUAAACGAAUACGACCCUUGAAUUCCAGUUAGAGGACCUCACAGAUCACAAACUGUCCCAGAGCAUUAUUUUUGCAUCAUUAUUAUUAAUAAGAAACAGAAGGAUGAUCUAUUUUUAUAUAUUGUAUGACAGGUUGGGGGUGCUGGGAAAGGGAAGAGUUGUACCUAUUUGUUCCAACCCUUUUAAUGUAAUCAACCUGUCUUAUUUAAAGGAAAGUUGUUGAUUUGAACAAUUGGAACAAAAAAGAAGCAAGAAAGAAGAGAGAAAUAAAAAUAUAUAAUGGGACUACAGUCCCUCCUUACAGAUUGGUAGUUUUCUGAGGGGUAAAGAAAAAUAUAUAGAGAAUGUUGACGAAAUGCAAGUCUGACUUGUCUGGAGCUAGUGUGUUGCCUAUUGGUUCUUCUGGAGGUAUGAAAAUACAACAAACAGGAACUCUUCUUGGAUCUCAAGUGCUUCUCAAGGCAACUAAACUAUUAUUUUUUUUCCCAAAAUAUGACUGUAUCUUGUCCUCUGUUCUGGACAAUGCUACAGAUUGCUGCUAUACAUUCAAAGAGAGACAUUCAUUUUCAGUUAAAGCUAUCUAAUGAGCAAAUAUUUAUUUCCUCUCUAUGUAUAAUACAGAUCCCUUGAAGCAAACUGUAC